CUGCUAAAUUCUGCGCAAAAGCAGACUUAAAACAAUUGCCGCCAUCUGGCAACACGCACAAUUCACAACCAGCUUCAGCUGGUAACCAAAAUUCCAUUGCUGCACUGCAUCCAACAUUUGUUACACUGUUUGCUGCGUUGUGUCUGGCCUGGGCAUGGCAGAGAACCGUCGACGUUUUCGCAAUAAAAAGCGGGAUGAUGGACGUCCGGGUCCGUCGCCGACAACGCCGGUGACAAUUGCCAGGCGCGAAGAGUCACGCACGCCCGUCGUUCAGCCAAAGAUAUUGCUGAAAAAGGAGGCCGAAUCGAAUGCCGGCAGUGGCAGCAGCGGCAGCAACAAUGAGCUUCCCACAUCCAUUAAAACCAUUAUCAUCAAUCGCAGCGAUGCGCGCCACAGCCACAGCGAACGUAACGCCUUCCCGGGCGCCAGCACCAUGAACAACACAUCCAACGUAUGCGCUGCGCUCUCCAGCUCAAGUUGUGGCAAGGAGAAGACAAAUGGAACUGGCACUGGAACCACGAGCAGCAGCAGCAGCAGCACCGUCACGCUGGCGGGCCAGCAGGAGUCGCUGGCGCCGCCGCGCAUGACAAGGCCGACGCCGCUGCUGGUCGCGAACGGCGUGUUCAAUGCGAAUGCACGCAAACUCUUCCACAAGAGCAACACAGACUUUGCGGUAAUCGGCGUGCUGGGCGCACAGAGCGUGGGCAAAUCCACGCUGCUCAAUCUGUUGGCAACGGAGCGCUCCAGCGACUAUGACUACUAUCAGCAUCUGUUUGGGCCGGAGGCGGACGAGUGCACGUUUGCGACCAGGCCACGCGCCAAGUCGCAGCAGGCGCCGAACAGUAGUUCCUCCGGCUGCGCUGCCGCCUCCAAGCAGGUGCUGCGACCGCGCACCGAAACGUUGCAGUUCUUUAUAACCCGGGAGCGUUAUGUGCUGCUGGAUACGGCGCCGAUGCUGAGCGGCAGCACGGCCAAGGAGGCGGACUAUUUGGAUCUGCAAACGUUGUCCACCAUGAUGCAGCUGCUCAGCGUCUGUCAUGUGCUGCUGCUGGCCCUGGAUGAGAUCAGUUUGGAGCAGCUGCGUCUGCUGCACGCCGCACUGCGUCUACGUCCGCGCACACCCUGCAAGGGCUAUGUACGUGACUAUCUGCCGCAGUUGUUGUUUGUCCGGACGCGCGCCAAGCGUCAGGAUUACGAGCCUGCCAGCCGUGAGCGUCUGGACAGGCAGUUGGAGCUGCUGUUCGAGGGCACCGGCCUGCCCAUCUAUCGAGGACGCGGCGAGGCGCGCACCCUCAACAGCAUGCUGCUGCCGGAAUUCUAUGGCAAUGCGGCUGUCGCCCAUCAUGCUGGCGCCGCGGAGCUGGUGCGUCAGUUCCGGGAGCGUGUCUUCGGCAUGGUGCGCGUCUCCAUGUGCCAGAGCAACGAUUUCAGCGAGACGCUCUGGUUCGAGCUGCUCGCGGAGACGUCACGCAAAUGCGCCGCAAGCAGCCAGAACUUUGAGCAGAUCUAUGCGGAGAUCAAGCUGCGGCAUCUCGAGCUGCGCCCCAAAUGGCGACCCGAGUCCAACUGGCGCAACGAGUCCUGAGACAUGCCCCAGCAUGCAUUCGAGCAGGAUAGCUAUAUAGACUUAUAAACAUAGACAUAGACAUAUUAUAUUGUGUAUAUACUAUACUUUAUAUAUGUUAAGGCCUUAGCACUAUUAUUGGAUGAUGGGUGUACGGACGGGACGGGCGGACUCUAUUGUGCGGCCUUUACAGGGUAUCAAGAGAAAGAAGGCAUUAUAUAUUCCGGAUGGGACGUCUUUCACUUGCAACUUUGCAUAGAUACUUUCCAAUACAGAUGUCUGAUUCGACCAGAUCGUUUAUAUAUAUAUAUAUAAUAUAUUGUGGCAAAAACCCUUUUCUAUAUAUCUUGAUAAAAAAUUUGGGGGGUUACGAACCUACUUCUCCAUUACAAGCAUAACUAGGGGGGGUGGUUAAUUUUGUAAGCUGGGGAAUGGGAAUUUACAAUAAAGCUUAAUAUGCUUGCAAA